UCUGUAAUCGGGUGGAGUGGCGCAAGGUAUAAAAUCGGACGUCGGGUAACAGGAGACAUUCAGUGUCGGUGCGAUUCGAAGCUUCACAUCGUCACAACUUAGAAUUUCGAUCACUGGUCACAGAAAUGCAGGACAACCGGUUUUUUAUCUUCGUGAUCCUUCUGGCAUUUUCUACAUCUCUUAAUCUUGCCAGAUGCUCGGUCGGCCAGAACUACGAACCCACUAGAGAGGGUCAAAAAUUGAAAAUCAACGAUAGACGAUCUGCUGGAUUGGUGGCGUAUCCAAGAAUCGGUCGAAAAUCGGAUUUGUUUCCUAGACUGGGACGUACUUUCGGAAUAAUACAGAAGCCCCGAGUCGGACGAUCCGAUGAUUCGAGCUUGGGUGAUUUGAAUCGCUUGCACGAUUUACCGGCCGAUACUGAUAUCGAGUUCUACAUUACACGCGAUAUGGAGCCUGACGUUCUCUUAAAUUUUGAUUAUGAAGACUAUGCAGACAAACCGAUAGCAUUUAAACAUGCUGACAAAAUUCAGAAAGACGAUUCCUGGUUAAUGCCCGACCAUGUACGCGGAUACAAGGACCCUCGUUUUGCACAAAAAAUCGACGAUCUUCGAUCGUACUAUUCUAUUUUGAGAGGUUCUCGAAAUAGUCAAGGUCAAGGAGGGUACACUCCAAGACUAGGUCGCGAGAGUGAGCACGACGCUGCGAAUUUCCCGUAACUCGCCCAUCUUCGAUUGCGAUUCGCGUCUCGCGAAUUUGAUGGAUGUUGACUCGAGGCAAAGGAAGAAUUUACUGUCAAAAAAUGUCAGGAACGUAACGUGCGAGGCUUUUGAUCGUUUUCUCCUAUUUGCAUAGGCGACCCACCUUAUCCUUGCACUUUGUACGCAAGUUAUGCAACACAAUACAUAAUCUGCACUUAAAUACUGCAGUUUAUAAUCCUACAUGCAAUCCUCUCGCCUUGUAUCGUCACGAAAUAGCAAUUCUUCGGCGAAGCAGCCCGAUCUUGAUGUAACUCGGCAUGCUAUUUUACCCAGAUUUCUAUUUCGAGCUGCUCGAUCCAAUUUUAAUGUUCGUUUUUAUAAGAACGCAUAAUGACGAGAGCAGAAAUAAAUGUUUGAUUUA